AUGGUUCUUUAUGUGAUCAAGGUCCGCUUCCAGAACCGGUCAGUGCGACUAAUAGAAGAGUCUCCAUGGCAACGGUCCGUGACCUCCUGGUUGUUGUGGACUCCUCUAGCGGCAUUCAUCCUGAGAUAUCAUCGAAUGGCCCUUCUACAGUUUUCUAACACAGUGAGAGUGGUCUUCGAUUUUAAUGACAAACCCAGCACAGAUCUCGUGCGCCAGGGCAUACAAUCGAUGUCGCACAUGGGUGGAGACAGAUGUAUAGGCAACGCCUUAGAGUAUGCACGUGGCAUGUUCACAGCAGCCAAAGGAAUGAGGUCUGAUCCCAACGUCAUACAUGAAGUUCUUCUGUUAACCUCUGGCCCAUCAAACUGUGGUUCCAGCCUCUAUGCCGCCACAAGACGCCUGUACCAGAUGGCCAAUGUUUAUGUCCUUGGAGUGGGUGCUCUGAGACCGUCUGAUGUCCUACAGCUUAACCAAAUUGGAAACAUGCCUACAAACCGUCACAUAUUCGGCAUUGAUGGCUUCAACACGCUUUCCGGGUUGGUGGAAGAACUCGAAGCGCAGUCAGCGGCCGUUCCGUGUGUGCCGUUUGACAUCUAAUAAUCCAGAACGAUUUUCUCACUGUUCGAGAAAAUGAUAUUCAUGCACAUAUGUUUACAUAUUGACGCCCAAACAACUGCUUUGAUUGUGGUUUAGAUUGUGAAAUUAAUAACUUAAAUUGCAUAUGGUUAGCGUUACAUGUUUCUACUACUAUAAGUAGAAACAUAUCAAAAUAUAUACAUUAUGAUGAAGGAUUCAAUGCCCGAAAUAAAGUCAUAUGAUAUGACGUCAGUACAAUAUACAUAACAUAUAACAGUAUAGCAUAGCAUUAAUUUGAGUUGGAGCUAUGUUCUGUUUUUCGUCUAACUAAAAACAAAUUUCGUCGAUUGGUUGCUAUAGUACUUUUACUACCAUUUUUACUUUUGGGGGAAAACGCUUUUUAAUAUAUUUUCUCACUUAUUUAUGAAUAUAUGUCAACAAAAUUAUACCACAGUUUUCACCAGAGAACGAAGUAUAUGAAUAAUUAUACUCAAAUAUCUUGCUUAAAUUAAUAAAUGUACAUUUUUAUAUACAAUUUUGCGUUAGGGGAUAGAGCAGUUUCGUUAAUGCCGACCUGCAUUUUUGGGACAUAGAGCAAUUUACCGGUUUCAGAUAUAGACAUAGAUCAUAUAAAAUGUUAAUUGGGAGAGGAACAAGAUAAUGUUGUAAAAACUUAAGUUCUGAUCCUCUUGCAUGUUUUAUACAAACACAUAUGUUUAAACUGUAUUUUUUCUGUUUUAUUAGUAAAAUAAAACUAUGCGUGUA